GGAUAUUGUUGAAACUCUCUCUCUCUCUCCCUCCCCAUUUCACCGCUGUUUGAAUAUGACGAGCUGCAUCUAAAAAACCCCCACCCCAACUAAUACCGGGACCCUAUGUUAGCCAGAAAAGGAACGCUCUUGUGUGCAGUGAGCUUUCUGAUAGACACGCGGAAAGGAGAAAAAAAAGGAGGCAAAAGAAAGAUAAUCUCAUAAAACAAGCUUCCUUUUCCCAGCCCAGGGGUCUGAGCAUAGAGCACCAGGAGCUGUCAUUAACCCACCCGGGCUACAGACUUACAUGCCUCAGCCAAGGGCGAGCAGAGUUGGAGAGUUGGACUUCUGUGGGACCCAAGUCUGGGCUGGAUGGAUGGGAAUGGGGAGAAGGGGCGACCCAUUCUGCCACGGAGUCCUUCAAAUCCUGACUAUCGUUCUGUGCCUCCCAGCAGUUAGCUGCCAGUGCAGGAUUCUGAAGUGUAAUUCUGAGUACCUGUCAGCCACGUCUGGACUACACCUGGGUGGGGAAGAGUCGGUGGAGUUCUGCGUUGCGCUCCGUGCCUACUCUCAGUGCACCCGGAAGACGGCUCGCGCCUGCCGCGGGGACCUGGCAUAUCACUCCGCCGUCCACGGGAUUGAGGACCUCAUGAGCCAACACAACUGCUCCAAGGUGGGGCCGACCCACCCUCCUGCCCGCCCGCAGCCCACCUCGCAGGACUGCAUGGUACACUCGGAUGCCCCCGAGACCUGCAACUACGAGAAGAGCCUGUCGCAGCGCGGGAGGAGGGCCAACUACACGCACUGCGGCCUCUUCGGGGACCCUCAUCUCCGCACCUUCUCCGACGACUUCCAGACCUGCAAGGUGCGGGGGGCUUGGCCCCUCAUCGACAACAGCUACCUGUUCGUUCAGGUCACCAACGUGGCGGUCGUCCGGACCUCCAGCGCCACGGCAACGAGCAAGCUUACGAUCAUUUUCAAGAGCUUCCAGGAAUGCAUUGAUCAGAAAGUGUACCAGGCGGAGACAGACGACCUCCCCGCGGCUUUUGUCGACGGCUCGCGGAACGGCGGUGACAAGCACGGUGCAAACAGCCUCCGGGUGACGGAGAAAGUGGCCGGGCAGCACGUCGAGAUCCAGGCCAAGUACAUCGGGACCACCAUCGUGGUACGGCAGGUGGGCCGCUACCUCACCUUCGCCAUCCGCAUACCGGAGGAGGUUAUGAACUCUUUCGAGGACAACCAGGGCCUCCAGCUGUGCUUGCGCGGCUGCCCCACCAACGAGCGCAUGGAUUGGCGCCUGUCCCAGUCAAAAGGCAGCCGCACCCCGUCUCAGGGCCGAGCCCCCCAGGAGGCCUUCGCGCACGAAUCCGCAGCCGCCAAGUGCAAGGAGAAGCUGCCGGAGGAGGACCUGUACUUCUGGUCCUGCGUUUUCGACCUGUUGACCACAGGGGACAUGAACUUCACCCUGACGGCUUAUUAUGCUCUGGAGGACGUCAAGAACUUGCACUCAAACAAGGACAAGUUUCACAUUUAUCAGAGGACAGCUGAGCUUCCGCCGGGGAAUUCUGCUGCCGGGUUACCCAGCCCUCACUCCCUUGCCAUCGGACACUUGUUGCUGCAUUUCUGGCUGUGCUGCUUCCUGUUAUGUCUAUAGCCUCGCCACCGUGACUUCCCAGAAAUGGGCCCAUUAUUUCCCCUCCUCCCCCCCCCCCCCCAUCACUCCUUUCCUCCCUCCCGUUUUCCGUUGGUAUCACUAACGCCUUCCCGUCCCCUUGCCCGCUCACUCCUAAGUUAUUAUAAAGACUGAGAAUCACACACGCAUGCACACACACGUCUCUCUGUUUGCGCUGUCCGGAAUCGCCGCCUCGUCUGUGGCUGGGUCGCCGUUGGUUUUGUGGUUGCGUGUUUGUGGUGAUCCGUAGAGCGUUGGCGCAGUGCGCAGAGUUUGCACCAGGACACAGUGUUGGGGUAAACCAGGGCUGUGUGCGGAAGUUACUGUUCGCUCCUCCCCUUCCUCCCUGCCCCCAAUCCAAUUAAAUCUCAGCUCUAAUUUCCUGCCAGGAUUCCAAGCCCUUCCUACUCUCUCUCUCUCUCUCUCUCUCUCUCUCUCUGGUAGAACAGAUGAGGAAGCCAGUGUGAGGUUGCGGAUUUUGCACUUUACUGUGUUCCUGGCACUGGAAAGGCAGUGGUAGAACACUGGAUCCCAUCCCUCACCGACAGCCUAUCCCCCUGGAGAGGGGAACGGGCCGGAGGCAGAUCCUUCCAUUGUCACCGGUUGCAGCCUUGUCCUGACUGGCUGCACCAAACCCAUUGCAAUAAUUGUGGCAUGUACCAAGGCACAAUGAAAAACUUCUGUUUCGCGUGCCAUCCAUACAGAUCAUUUCAUUACAUCAGUGCAUUGAGGUAGUACAAGGGAAAACAAUAACAGAAUGAAGUGUUACAGUUACAGAGAAAGUGCAGUGCAGGCAGACAAGAAGGUGCAAGGCCAUAAUGAGGUAGAUUGUGAGGUGAAGAGUCUAUUGUACAUAGAAAAUAGAACAGUACAGCACAGUAGAGGCCCUUUGGCCCACGAUGUUGUGCUGAGGUAUAUGAACACCUCCUCCAUGAUAUAGAACGUAGAACAGUACUAGGGAACCGUUCAAUAGUCUUAUAAUAGUGGGAUAGAAGCUGUCCUUGAGCCUGGUGGUACGUGGUUUCAGAUUUUUAUAUCUUCUGCCUGAUGGGGGGGGGGGGGCGCGAGCACAGAGAGAAUGUCCAGGGUGGGUGGGGUUUUUAAUUAUGCUGGCUGCUUUAUCGAGGCAGCAAGAAGUAUAGACAGAGUCCAUGGAGGGGGUGGCCGGUUUCCAUGAUGUGCUGAGCUGUGUCCACAACUCUCUGCAGUUUCUUGCAGUCUUGGGCAGAGCAGUUGCCAUACCAAGCUGUGAUACAUCUGGAGGGUCAAAGGGGACACACCAAAUUUUUUUUCAGCCUCUUAACUUUUAACUUGCCCCUGACUGUGGAUUUUGAUGGCAGUCCAACUAAACCUUGGGUUUCUCCCCUUGCUUACUGAGUAAGGGGCCACUCUCACUUGUACGUCUAGGUAGUGGAUGCUGGCAGACUACUUGCACAUCAGGGGCUUCACAACACCCUGCUUUCACACUCUCUGUCCAGUCCCCACCUGGACAUCAUUUGCCCAGUGGAAGUUAACCCCUAUCCAGUUACUUUUCUCUCCCCAGUCCAGUGGUGUUGAGGUUAACUUCACGUGAAAAUGGCUAGCUCAGGAUGGGGCCUAGCACAUGUGUUUGGCUCAGUACCACACUGUGCCGAGCAGGGAUGCUUGGCUGAUCGGGUUUCACAAGUGUAAUGUCUGGUACCGGAAUACAUCAUCACCACUCAGCCUCGAUGGCUGCAGUCUUGUGUAGUUUGAAUCCACUUCUAGGGUUUGACCUUCAACACAGUUUCAUGACCUCCUAAUCUUGUAUUCACUGCAUUUGUACCUAGGUUUCCCAUAUACCGAAUCAUUGACCAACCUCUGCAUCAAUGCAUAAUAUGCCCACGAAGUACAGUUGGUGUUUUUCCACAUUGGAUUGAUGCCUAGUCUGACGAGCCAAUGCAUUGGUGCCUGAAUCGACCAUCCUUUCCCAUUGGAUGGUUUUCUGACCUGUUGCAUUGCUACUUGGGCUGCACACUACUGGUUUGCUCUCAACCUGGGUGCAUGCAUUACUCAGAAGCUGCCACCAUCACUUUGGCCCUCAGUCCUAAUUUUCCCCAAUUUGUCAGGUGGUACACUAACAGCAAAAGCAGGGUCAUGAUGGACGAUGGGCUCUAGCAGUCAGUGGUCAAAGUGAGGGCAACCCACUGACCAUGGCAGCUACAAUCCUUUUGUUUGGACCACUGUUCCAUCAGGAGUUUCCCCUGAAGGUGAUUAUACCUGUGCUGCAUCUGAUCCAGGGUUAACUGCAUAGGUCUGAAUUUCGCUCUGUUCCCAUUUCACUCUUUGUUGGACUGUGGGACAUCCACAGUUUAAUUUGCCUCCCUCAAUACCCCAUGUAUGGAGCCCCUCUCUUCUUCAUCAAUGGGGACUCUGCAAUUCUGGAGAGCCCAGACAGAAAAGAACUAGAAAGGUUCUCCUGUGUACGGGGAAACAAUAAGGAACUGCUUACCGUGGAGUGUUAAAGGGCACACGUCACAUAAAGCAGGCUGAGAGAGGAAGGGAGGUCUUGCACAGCGUUAACAAGUCAAAGUUGUGGUGUGUUUUCCAUUCCCAACACCUGAAGGAUCUGUCAUCAGUUGCACCACCCGGUGUCCUGGUGAAGCAGGAAAUCUGUACCGUUUGCUGUUUCAACAGUGAGAUUAGCUUCUGCCUGAGAAGUAGAGUUGAGGGAAAAUCAGCCAGGUUAUCUGCUUCUUGUCCAUUAUUGACCAUCCCUGCUGGAAGACUGCAAGGAUUGUCCCAGAUUGAUGCUCAAGUAACAAAACCACACUCUCUCCCAAUACCACCCACCCCAUUCAGGACAUUAACCUGCUGCAAACCCUUUACACAAACUAUUGGUCAUUGAUAGCUAUCUUGGUGAACUAAUUAUAUGUGCGUGUCUGUGCGCAUGCACAUGUGAGUAAACAUGGGUGAAUGUCCCUGCAUAUGCGAAUGUCUAGCGGCACGUGUGAAUGGGUGAGUUUAGUUGUGAGUGCAUGUGUCUGGGAGACUGUUCCUGUGUGUGUUGAUGGGGCUGUGUCUAUGGGCUGCUGUUGUCUAUGGUAGCUGACUUUUAGGAUUAAUGAGUUUAACAGAUUUUAUAGCUGCACAUAAAACGAGAUUCACUUCUAAGGUUUAUAUAAUUUGUUCUGAACAUUGCACUUCUGGUUAUUGGUUGACACAACAGUUGUUCUUCAAAGAUUACAGCCAGGCAAGGUGAGAAAAUUGGAGGUGAACUUAAAAAGGAUCAUUGGAAAACUCUGCAGCAGGAAUUUAACUUAAUUUAAAUGAGGUGAUGCCUCCCUGCAAAGUGUGUAAGUGUUCUGGGUGAAGGGUUGUAGGUUAUUGCUCCAAGGAGCAGUUUGACACAGUCCCUGCAGCCCCGUUGCUCGGUAACCCUUCACAUUGGUAUAGAGAAGACCCACAGUUUGAGAGGAGAGAUUCUGCAGAUGCUGGAAUCUGAAGCAACACACAAAAUGCUGGAGGAACUCAGCAGGUCAGGCAGUAUCUGUGGAGGGAAAUGGACAGUCGAUGCUUUGGGUUGAGACCCUUCAUCUAGAUGAAGGUCCCACUUUUACUCUAGCUUCUUGCAUGUUGCUCCAGUUUGAGAGUAUUAGAUUGAAAUGAAGGUAAAGAGGUCAGGUCCAUGGUGUUACCCUUCGAGUUGGAAGCUCCAGGAGGAACUAUUUGGCACUGUUCUUGCUGUUAAGGGCUGGACAGAACUGGGUCAGGAUUAAGAUGCAUCCAAUGGCCUUGAAUUUCCCCAGACCCUGAUAAUAAUGUGAACCUUCUCAUUAGAGGCUGGAGAGAUUUGAGCGACCCAACUAGAAUUGGAGCCAAGUCCAGUGAGUAUAAUCAAUUGAAGUUUUACAAUGGGCUUUCCAGCCUGACUGAACCUCGUGUUAUAAACUUAAACUAGCAUAUUUUACACCCAGGGCCAACACUUCCUGUGUUAUCCCCACCAUUAAGCUGUUGCUUUUCUUCUGUAGCUUUCAUGGUUUGGGUAUAAUGACUUAGACACUAACUGCUCCAUGCUCCCUUGCUUGGGGGCUGUGGCAGUGAAGGUGAGCUUCGGCCCAUGCAGUUUCAACACAGCUCACUAGAUGGCAGUCAGGAGCAGGAGCCCUGCCUGGCUCCAGAACACUGGCUUUCCAUGACUUGGCUAAACAAAAAUGCCAGCGCUGAGAUGAAUGUAAGGCACGGAACAACAAUCUUAAAUGUGAAAUGUCCCCUAAGUCUCAGUAACAAUAACGUAAGAGCCUGCAAAUAAAACGACUCUGUACCCCACUGCCUCUUUCUGCACUCCCCUACAGCCCAAAGGCACUUUAUGUGGACAACACUGUGUACUGGUGUGAUCAGGGCUCUUGGUGUGGAGUUCACUGCAUGGUAUGAUGUUAGUACCACUGUAAAUGCAGCGUUUUAUAUGGUUGGGUGUAAUUUAUAUUUGUUGAUAUAAUAUAUGGAGACUUUUGGUGAACAUUUGUGAUUGUACAUAUGGAGUAAUGUAAUAUUUCUUUAAAUAUUAAUGUCUGAACUUCUAACCCCCAGUAAAACCUAUUGAUGUGCUUUGGUUGCAUUAUUUUGACAUUUUAAGAAAGGAUUUGCAAGAGCAGACCUUUUUAAGAUUUCUUUGAAAUUUAAAGGGGUCUCGUUGGCACCCCUGUGUUGCAAUUAGUCCAGUGCAUUGAUGGUGUUUAUUGAGUUGUGCGCUGCUGUGUGUCCGUGGCAGACCACGCCAAAUUGACAAGCCCGGGUGAAAUCUCUCAUCCUUCCCCUUUUAAUUGCUUGCCGCACCAGUCUGUGUGCCCACGGCGCCCCUUUAAGAGAGUUUUAGAGGAAUGGCACUUUAUUUCAAUUGUGAUGUGAUGAUUUUAACAGUGACUGUAGUUCCGCUUUGUUUGAAUUGUUACAAUUAGUAGGCGUGCACUUCGGUGCCCAGGGAACGCGUGGCAUGGUACUUGAUGUUUCUGUGAACAAAUACUGGGAGGGUGGGGGGGAAGGUUGGGGAGGGGUACAAGAAACAACUCCAUUUUCUAUGUAUAAAUUCAGCAGGAGCUCCCUGCAUGUACAUAAUGUAAAUUAUUUAUU